GUCCUGCUGGUGACAGUGACGUUACUCGUUAUUUUUGUAAAGUAGGGAACAGAUAUAUUUGUUACCGAGAUUCGAGUUCUGUUGUGGAAGACUUUAAUUUCGGGUUUCGUUUCUCGAAACCUUCGUCGUCAUGGCGGCGGGGAGAGGAACUUUGUUUUUGUUGCUCCGAAGCCUCUUGGUGGCUUUUCUAGUCACUUCCAGCCAAGCACUGGACCACAAGGAUGAAGAAUGGAGCGAGCUUCUGGAGACCUGGGGUUGCAGUUUCAAGGACGACCUCUGCAACAUGACGAGACUCUAUGGCCCUGAUGCCACCUGGAAACGGGAAAACGCCUUGCCCCAAGUGCCGGAAGUGAAUGAUCAUUAUUACAUCAUCAUGACUGGGCAAGGCAUAGCUGGGCUUGAGUCUCCUCCUCUAGCUGCAUCAGAGGCCGCUCCGACGAGGUGCCUUACUUUUUAUUACUACCUGAAUGGGCCCAACCCGGGAAGCCUUUCCGUUCUGUCAAGGGUUGGGUCUGCAGAGAAAGGUACGGCACUCUGGACACAAGGGAACCCUCAGGGCGAUGAGUGGAUAGCAGCACACACUGACAUAGACUUUGAAGACACUGUCUCCGUAAUCAUCGAAGGUGAAACUGGUCCACACACAGAUGGAACAAUGGCAGUGGAUGAAAUUCAGUUCCAUUAUGAACCUUGUGAUGCUCUUAAACCUACUGACACUCCAGGAGAAGAGACAAUGUGUGAUUUUGAGGACUCUCUAUGUGGUUUCAAGUUCGAGGCUGGGCAAGGGAAUUGGCUUUGGAUGUCUCCAAAGAUUGACAACAUGACUUUCCCCCAUCCUAGCAAAGAUCACACUUACAACACUGGUUAUGGUCAUUAUUUGAUUGUUCCAUUAUCUGAUGGGAAAGAUGGAGUCGUAGGUAAAGUGGUCACACCUGAGUUCUCAAUGGAAAGAGAGGAGCCUCAGUGUCUUUCAUUUUGGUAUAUGCAUAACGGCCAGACUACAAAGGACACUUUGACAGUUUAUGUGCGACAUGGUUUAGAGAUUUUCCCUUCAGCAGCUUGGAAAGAAAAUGGUAAUCAUGGCUACACUUGGAUGUGGGCCAAUAUCCCCAUACCAACAGGCAAGACCCACUUUGAAGUUGUAUGGGAAGCAAAGCAGCAGCAAUAUGACAAGAAAGGCUUCAUGGCUUUAGAUGAUAUCAAGCUAGUCAAGGGAAUGUGUCCUAAGAUAGGAACUUGUACCUUUCAAUGGGGAACUUGUGGGUGGCAGAACUUGUGGAACACUGAAAAUAACACCGAUGACACCAACUGGUUACAGGGAAAAGGUAACGAUGGUCUCGGAAUGGAUGCUCCUGACAGUGAUCAUACUGGAAGUAGUGAAGGAAAGUUUUUAUACAGUGAUGGGAUUGGUACAGCCAGUCUAGAGAGCCAGCUACUUGUUCCUGAACAGCACAAUGAAUUCUGCUUCGCUUUCUGGUUUUUAAUGGACGGGGACAUUGGAGGCCUGUCCAUAAGCUCUAGGGUAGAGAGUGGGCGAGAAACAGAGCUUUGGGAAGAAACUGCAUCAACCAAAGGGAAUUGGGUUCUGGGACAGAUUAAAGUAACUGCCAAGAGUUUUUUGUCUAAAGAUGUUACUUAUCAGCUUUACAUCAAGGGGACAAGGAAUUCAAAUAGCUCCAAGAUUGCAAUGGAUGACUUCAACUUCCAGACAGUUGAUAAUUGCACAAGACUGCCAGUUCCACAGCCACCAACACCCACAUCAAUCCCUGAUAUUUGGGGUUGCAACUUUAAGGAUGAUGUAUGUGGCAUGACUCAGGUUCCAGGUUAUGAAGGCGAAUGGAUACGCAACAACUCUUUAGAUCAGGUCUUAGGAGCUCAAGAUAAUUGGUACCUAACUCUCUCUGGCGAGGGAACUGCAGCUUUGCAAACUCAAACGUUUGAGGCGUCACCAGCAUCUGCUUUUUGCCUCACUUUUUAUUAUUUCUUCAGUGGUGCAAAUGCUGGUGAACUGUCGAUUAUAUCCAGGCAUGAAGGAGAUCUAGAAAGAAUAGUGUGGACUCAAGGACAUCCACAAGGUGAUGAGUGGAUAGCAGCUCAUGCUGACAUCGACUCUAGGUCAGCUGCUUCAUUGGUCAUUGAAGGAGUUGUUGGCGCCAACAAAAAUGGCAUUAUUGCUAUUGAUGAAAUCUUGAUACAUGGUGCAUCAUGCGAUGUACUUCAGCCUACUGACACUCCUAGUGAAGAAUUAAUGUGUGACUUUGAAGACUCAUUUUGUGGCUUUGAGAUAGAAUCUGUAGAAGGAAGUUGGAUCUGGAUGUACCCCAAUAAGGACAGCUAUAGCUUCCCUCAUCCAAAGAGAGAUCACACCUGCAACACUGGAUAUGGCCACUACAUGGCUGCUCCGCUGGUGAAUAGUGUUGAUGGUGUGGUGGGAAGGCUGAAAACCCCAGAAUACCAAUUGGAACGCGAAAAUCCUCAGUGCCUCACUUUUUGGUAUAUGCAUAAUGGUGAAACUACCAAGGACUCCCUGACUGUUUAUGUUAAACAUGGUUUAGAUUUGUUUCCACAAGCAGUAUGGAGAGAAAACACCAAUCAUGGCUAUUCUUGGAUGAUUGCUGACAUACCCAUCCCAACUGGCAAAUAUCACUUCCAAGUCAUUUGGGAAGCCAACCAGAAGAAGAAAGAUUCUGAUGGAGUUAUUGUUAUUGAUGAUGUCACUCUCCUCCUUCAAGAGUGCCCAAAGAUAGGUACCUGCAAUUUUGAAUAUGGCACUUGUGGAUGGCAGAAUCUUUUUACAACUGAAAAUGUUACUGACGAUAUAGAUUGGCUCCAAGGAAAGGGCAGUGACAGCCUUGAUACAGAAGCUCCAAGCUCUGACCAUGCUAACAGUACUGAAGCGAAAUUCCUGUAUGUUGAUGCAUCACAAGGCUCUUUUGGCACUGCAACAUUAGAGAGCCAGUUACUUGUCCCUGAACAGCAUAAUGAUUUCUGCUUUUCAUUUUGGUAUUAUAUACAGGGUAACAUUGGAGGGCUUAGUAUUAGCUCUGUCGUUGCCAGUGGCAAAGAAACCAUUCUUUGGGAGGAAAUAGCUCCAACCAACGGUAACUGGGCACAGGGACAGAUCCAUGUUCAAGCAAAGGCCUUUAUAUUUGAAUCAGUUGCUUACCAGCUUUAUAUUAAAGGGAUCAAAAACAACAACAGUUCAAAAAUAGCGUUAGAUGAUUUUGACUUUGAGAAAAAUAAAGAAUGUCCUAGAAUGCCUGUUCCUUCAACACCCACACCCCAAACAACACUUGUACCAACAACACCUGUGGGAGAGAUCUGGCACUGUUCCUUAGAUGAUGAAACAUGUGGGAUGGAAGUAUCUGAAAUGUGGGUGAAAGUUUUGGAUGAUCAUCCAACACCAGAAGGGAUUGGAUCGCAAUGCCUGUCAAUGAUGGGAAGCGAAGUUAAGGGCAAAGCCAAGAUUCCAGUCCUAGAGGGGCAAGGAAAAUAUUGUCUCACUUUUUGGUAUCUAUUACUUGGUGGGAACUGUGGAGAACUGACAGUGCUUGUAGCAACUGAGGAAUCUACUGAGCCAUUAUGGACAAGAGGUUAUUCAGAGGGUCCAGAUUGGCUCUUAGCUGCUGUUGACAUUCCUUUUAAAGGAAAAACUGAAAUUAUUUUCUCUGGAAUUCGUGGCAAGAAUCCAGAAGGUGAUGUGGCUAUUGAUGAAAUAACAGUUCUGUCAUCUGAUUGCAGCACCGUUCUUCCAACAGUAGAUCCUGGUGACAGUAUGUGUGACUUUGAGGAUUCAGGAAUAUGUGGUUACAGCACUGUACCUGGGAUUGGUAAUUGGCAGCGGCUGUAUCCUUAUGCAGACAAUUUUAGUGUCCCCCAUGCUUCUGUUGAUCACACAUAUAAUACAGGCUAUGGUCACUACAUGGAAGCUGCUCUCAUACCAUUGGAUCACGGCGGAACUGUAGGCAAACUGGUAACUCCUGAAGUACCAUAUAUAGAAGGUGUUGAUCAAUGUGUCAGAUUUUGGUACGUUCAUAAUGGCAUCUCCAACCAGGACAGUUUAUCAGUCUAUGUUAAUUCAUCUGGUUUUUAUGGGCCCCAUGUUUGGAGGGAAAAAGUGAGCUACAUUGACACAUGGCUUGAUGCAUCAGUCCCUAUUCCAAAAGGCAAAACCCAAGUCUUCCGUGUCAUGUGGGAAGCUUUACAGGCCGAAAGAGACAGUUAUGGUUUCAUUGCAGUAGAUGAUGUAUCAAUUGACUUGGUUCCUUGUCCGUCUAUUGGUACUUGUGACUUUGAAAUUUCAAUGUGUGGAUGGCAAAAUGUUGAGGGAGAGAACCGAACAGAUGACACUGAGUUUAUUCGAGGGUCAGGGGGAGGUAUUGACUUGGGAGCCCCGGAUGUGGACCACAAUGGCGAUCCAAAUGGAAUGGUUUUGUAUGUAGAUACAUCUUUUGGUGCAGCUGGGCAGGCUCUCCUUGAGAGUCAGGUAUUCAUUCCCGAGCAGCAUAGUAAUCUCUGCUUCCACUUCUGGUAUUAUAUUGAGGGCACGGAGGAAGAUUCUUUAAGAAUAGAAAUCCAAUCUCAGGAAUUCACUAUUCAUGAAAUUUGGAAACAAACUGGACGAGAUUCCAAAGAGUGGUAUGAAGGCCAGAUCCAUGUUGAUGCAAAAAAACUGCUUAUUGAUAUUCCAUACCAGAUUUUCAUAGGAGGUGCCAAAGGCUCAGAUUACAGCAGAAUUGCCAUAGAUGACUUUAACUUUACAAAGUUUGAAUCUCAUGACUGCCCCACCAUGCCCAGCCCAUCACCUGCAACAUCCACAGUGCCAUCUGUAUCUACCACAGCAUCAGUUGAGAGUAUUACCUGUGACUUCACUGCAGGCCAAUGUGGGUGGGAAAACAAGGAUACUAAAACUAUGAAAUGGAAAUAUGAUAGUAUAAAUUCCAAUAUGUAUUUAGACCCCAAUGACACGGCAGCUAUUCCAAAGGACUGUGAGGCUCUGUUUAUUAGUCCACCAUUCACUGUCAACACCAAAUCGUGUUUCACACUUACUUGGAAAAAAGUGAAUGAAGUUUUUGCUUCAUUAAAAGUCGUUUAUAUGAAUGAGGACGGAGUAGAGAUGGGCAUGUUGAUGAAUGAAGAAGCUGGCACCACCAGUCAGUACCAAACCACAGAUAUGGAGCUCGUGCAACAUGGAACUUUCCGGAUGGGAAUCUAUGGUAUUGUCGACUGUAAUUGGAAAGGAGUCAUGGCAUUUGAUAGUGUUGUGCUCAUGAAUAAACCUUGUUCUGAAGAUGUCACAGUAAAUCACAUUGUCUGUGACUUUGAAAACUCAGAUAAGUGUGGAUUCCACACAGCUCUUCCAGAAGACACUGCAUCUUGGGCUUGGGGAUCUCAUUUGCCAGAUCACACAACUGAAUCUGAAACAGGUCAUGAAAUCUUCUUUGUAAGUGAAAAUACAAAUGCAAAUGGAAAGAUUGCUCAUCUUACAACUCCACAACUGAAGAUGGACAUAGAUCACUUUUGUGUUAAAUUCUGGUACUUUGCUGAGUCACCAUUUGAUGCGACUUUGACGGUAUAUUCACAACAAGGAGAGGAGAGGAGUAAUCCAUUAUGGGUCAUGGGUAAAAACUACCUUGGACAUUGGAGAGGUGUGUCAGUAGAGAAUCAGCUUGAUACAGAGAGGAAUCUCACAGUUGUUUGGGAAGUUGUUGUGGAACAAGCAGCUGAAGGCUUCAUAUUACUUGAUGAUGUUGAAGUAAGAGAGGGAAGCUGUUCCUCAUCAGGUUCCUGUAAUUUUGAUGAAGAUAUAUGUUUGUGGAGCCAAAGUCUGGAUGAGUCUCUGAAUUGGGAAAUUGUCAAUAGCAUUGGAGACCUACAAGAUCAUUCAGCUACCAAUGGUAGUUUCAUGGCCAUCAGAACUGACACAUCACUCCAACCAGGGUCUUAUGCUGUUUUGGAGUCUCAGCCAUUAACAGUACAAGAAACAGCAUGUUUCACCUUCUGGUACAACCUAUGGGGACCAGGAAUUAAAUCAUUAAUUGUGGAACAGUAUUUGUCUGAUUCUGAUCAUUUCAUUAGCUGGCGCCUUGAAGGUUCUGUAUCAGAAUCCUCUUCAAAUUGGUCAUAUGCUAGUCUCCCAAUACAGCCUUCAGACUUCCAGGUUCUGAUCCAGUUGAAAGGAGAAGUUGGUGAGUUUUCCGGGGAAGGAAACGGUCAGAUUGCUGUUGAUGAAAUUCUCUUAAAACUUUCUGAGGGAUGUAGUUUUGAACCCCCGGAUGCCGAAGUGCCUCGACCCGAACCACCCACAGAAUUACCAUUCCCUACGCCAUAUCCAGGUUUUAUUCACUUCUGCAAUUAUGAAGCCAAAACAGAUGUUUUUUGUGGCUGGACCAACAAAAACAACAUGUGGGAUGUUGUCAAGGGAAGCCUUGACAUUGGAGGUAUAGGCCCUGUAGGCGACCACACAUAUGGUUCUGGCCGUUACAUCACUGCAAGCCGCAACCCUGGUGAGAGUGGCAGUGGUAUAAGAUUGUCUGAGCUUCAGAGUCCAAAAGUCACUGUACAAGCAGAGUCUUGCUUUGUCUUCUGGUACUUCACUUGGGGUGUCGACGUCAAUCUGACUCUUUCGGUAAAUGAAAAUGAGGUAUGGAGAACAUCAAGCUCAGGAAAUGCUUGGGCAGCUGCGAAGAUUACAAUCGCAGCAGACCCUCAGGAAAUUGAAGCCCUUUUCACAUCUAGCCUUGGGGACACGCAGCAGCAUUAUUUCACCGCCCUGGAUGACCUUUAUUUUUAUGAGACAAACUGUGAUAAUGUCAAGAUAAGUGGUUUAUCAUCAUUCCAAUGCAAUUUGGAAGACAGCGACCUUUGUGGCUGGAUGCAGCUUCCUGAUGAAGAUGAUACUGACUGGCAGUUAGUAGAUGGUACCAAUGGAGAAUUUAAUGCAGAUCACUCCUACCAGACAAAAUCAGGUCAUUAUCUGCAAUUAUCAUCAAAUCAGGAAGGUGUGCAAGCAGGUCAGAAAGCUGCCAUUGAGUUUCAGCAUCAUCCUGACAUGGAGAAGAAGGAUUACUGUUUUCAGAUUUAUGUGCGAUACAGUGGCAGCCACAAUGGUGAUAUCAAUGUUAUGACAAUAUUUGCUGGAGAAGUGAACGAGUUCUUCACUAUCCCCGGUAAAGAUGGACCAAGUGAAUGGGAACUUGUACAGCGAACAUAUUCUCACAUUACUCCAGGCACAUUUUCAUUCCUAAUUGAAGGUUUUGUUGGAAACGCCACUGAAGGUUCAGGAAACUCUGUUAUUGGCAUUGAUGACUAUUCUUUAGCUUCUACCGGUUGCCCACAGGCUGGCACAUGCAGUUUCGAAGAAGCCCACAUGUGUACUUGGGACGUAGAAAAGACAAAGCAUGUCGCAUGGGUGCUUUCCGAUGGGCUAGAGAUUCAUGAUAUUGGACCAGAUAGGGAUCACACUACUAAUACAACAGAAGGAGGCUUUGCUGUCAUGGAUGUCUCAGGUGCCGAAAAAGGGAAUGUGGCCUCAUUGAUAAGUGAAACAAUUGAUGAUGACGUUUAUGGCUUCUGCUUUACAUUCUUUUUCUUCAUGAACAUUGAUGAGGAAGCAAGUCUCACCAUAUCUGUUCGGUACAAUGGGACAGAGGCUGUCCUUUGGAGACUUCCCGGUAGCAGUACAAAAGAGUGGACAUAUGGACAAGUUGGAAUUCCCUCUGGUCUGGACAAAGAUGGCAUUAGGGUUGUCAUUAAUGGCAUUAUAGGGUCAAAAGCAGAUAAUGUUUGGAUUGCUGUAGAUGAUCUUUUCACUGCAGUAGGAGGAGGAUGCAGUCUCCAACCUUCUGAUGCUACACCAUCGCCUUUUCCCCAAACAACACCGACACCAGGAGAACUAAUCUUCAAUUGUGGCUUUGAAGAGGAUAUUUGUGGUAUGAUCCAAAGUGCUGAAGAUGACUUUGACUGGGAACAUCAGAAUGAAGAAGAACCAGAAGAACUUCCACCAGGAGCCUACAUCCUAACUGAUGCCCUUUAUAGAGAGCCGGGCAUGAAUGCUACAAUAUCCACACCAGAACUUAAUUACAAUGGGCUCCAGUGCCUCUCUUUCAGAUAUAUGGUGAUUGGGAGUCAACCUGGAGUGCUAGCUGUUCAUAUGACAGGGGAGAAGGUGCAGAAUUCUGAAAUUUGGGAACGAUUUGACACCACUAUUCAUGAGUGGCUCACUGCUCAUGUGGAGAUCUAUUCAGAUGCUACAUAUUCUUUGGAAUGGUGGACAACUGUAGAAAAUCAUGACUCCAUUAUACUGGUUGAUGAGAUCUCGGUUAUAAGUGGAAAAUGCCCAAGCGCUGCCAAUAGCUGUGACUUUGAGUUUUAUGGAAAAACAUCUGCAGACCCUGUGUGUGGCGGCUAUGUGUCAGACUCAUCUGUGUCAGAGUACCAAUUUUACCGGGUGUCAGCUGCAGAAACUGUCAAUAAUUAUGCCCCCAGUGACCACUCCUAUCGAACAAGUUUUGGUCAUUUCGUAGUGGCAGAUUUUAGCACGGCAUCUGGUUCAGCAGAACCUCUUCGCUUCUGGGGUCCAACUGUCAGCAAUGGACUAAACUGUCUUACCUUUUGGUAUCAGUUUGUGACUGAUGAUUCUACACUCUUUAGGGUGUAUGUUAAUGGAACUGAGGAUUUCAUAUUCUUUGCUGAAGUUGGCACCUUGAAUGUUUGGAACUUUGGAGCUGGAGCUAUUGCUGAGACAGCAGAGGGCCGCAUUAUUUUUGAAACCUUCAGUGGAGAGUCCCAGAGUGGUUAUAUUGCUGUAGAUGAUAUUGUACUCAAGGAAUCCUUCACAUGUCCACUUCACGGUUACUGUGAGUUUGAGGAGGACACUUGUGGUUGGACACAUAGCAGUGAACUCAGAUGGGUAUUUGGAAAUGAACCGUUUGGGGAGGGUCCACUCACGCAAACAUAUCUUAUGUUCGUGUCACCCCAAGAAAAUCUUGUUGGAAAAAAGGCAGUUUUGUCAUCCCCAGUAUUAUUACCUACAGUGAACUGUGUCAGAUUUUGGUACCUGAAAAAGAAUGGUGCUCCAGGAAACCUCAUCAUGAAGGUUACUCCUGGACCAAAGUACCCUGGUGACCACUUUGAACUCAAAUUGUGGGAGAGUCCAGAGUUGUUUGAUGUUUGGUAUCAUGCGCAGUUCCCAAUUCCACCAGUAGAAGUGGACAGUUUACAGGUGCACUUUGAGGCAACUCGCACUGAUGGUUCAUGGGACCCAGGACACAAUGAUGGAAUGAUUCUAGUAGAUGAUGUUGAAGUUACAGAAGAAACAGAAGAAUGUACUCUUGAGCCACCUGUAUCAAGUACACCUAAGCCAGCCACCACUACACUACCACCAUCUCCUGCAUCAAUCAGCAACUGUGAUUUCUCAGAACAAACCUUCUGCAAAUGGAUAACUGGUGGAGAGUCUCUACAGUGGACACUCAAACAGUACCCUAAAGAAGCUCACUUUGUAGGACCAAUUGGUGAUCAUACAUCUGGUGAUGGCUAUUACAUGAGUUUAACACCAGUACAAAAGGCUGUAGAUGGAACUGCCAUUCUGAUAAGUCCUGAAAUGCUUCCAACUGAGAAUACCUGUAUGCGGUGGUGGUACCACAUGGAUGGAUCUGGUGUGAAAGACUUGAGCAUUAAGCAAAAGGCUGGAGAUGUGGAGACGACCAUUUGGACUCGGCAUGGCUUCCAGACAUUGAAUUGGAUGGAAGCAUUCAUUGGCCUUAGUUCAUCUACAAACUACGUGCUUGAAAUAGUAGGAACCCAAGGAAAUAAUCCACUGUCAAACAUUGCUGUAGAUGAUAUCACUUUCACUGACUCAUUUUGCCCAGAAAACAUUGGAACUUUGGGAACAAACACAAGUUUUUGCACCUUUGAACAAAGUUCCACUUGUGGGCUUUAUGACUCAGAUGGUAGCUGGAAUUUGUCAAAAGGAUAUAAUGGUGUUUCAGAUCACACAACUCUUUCUGAAGAAGGUCACAUGUUUGCCUUGAAGGGGAAGAAAUCUCCCCUCACUCGAAAACUUACAUUAACGAAGGUCAAUUUCAAAGAAGAUAUGUGCCUUACGUUCUAUUAUCAGAUAAAAGCAGAGUCAGCAGCCUUACUAUCAGUUUGGGCAGAAACAAGUGAUGGUGUACCUCUCAGUGAUACAUCUGUUUAUUCGGCCUUAGGGGAACCAAAGUGGAAAGGAGCACAAAUUAGUCUGUUUAAAUUUUUUGAGAAAGAUUUUAGUGUUGUCUUUAAAGGUCAAAUAAGUUCUGAUCCAGAUGCUGUAAUUGCUAUAGAUGACUUGAAACUAACUUCUGGAAUCUGCCCUGAAACAUUCUUAAACUGUGAAUUUGAAGAUGGCACAAUGUGUCUUUGGAUGUCAGACAAUAAGGAAAUUGACUGGUAUGUUUCUGAUGAAGAUCCAGGUCACAUUCUCAAUGGACCAUUGUCGGAUGUGAAAUAUUUAAUCUUUGAAACUGGGCCCCAUCAUCCAAGCAAUUCUCUUGCCAGCAUUACAAGUCCUACUUUUGUACGAAAGAGCGUUGCAUCACUGUUUUGUCUCAAGUUCAGCUUUGCGUCUUCAAGUGAGCACUCUGGAAUUCUUUCUGUGCUCUACGUUGAUAAAGGUCCUGAGAAUAGCGAGGGAGAGGUAAUUUGGCAGCUUCCUAUGACAGCAGAAUUUACCACAUCUAUCUGGAUUGAAGCCUCAGUUCCAAUAGAGAGAUCAUCUCAAAAAGAAUUUGAGUUGAGGCUUCAAGCAAGUUUAUGGGAUGGACGCGAAGGAUAUAUUGCUGUGCGGCACCUGGCACUUUUCGAAGAGGCUUGUGCUGUUGAACCACCAUCAGCAAGCCCAGCUCCUGCUCCAACUGGGCAACCUACUACAGAUACUCCUGUGCUCACAACUCCUCCCUAUGAACAUACAGAAAUUAAAUGUGACUUUGAGAAUGCAACGAGACCCAUCUGUGACUUUGAGCAAGAGGUUGGGGAAAAUGAUGGGAUAUGGAUGAGAUAUAAUGCAUCAAAUCCUCCAUCACCCCAUCAUCCAAUAGUAGAUCAUACUUUACAUUCAGAUUCUGGACACUACAUUGCUGCUACCUUUCCAGAGCCUUACGGUGGAAUAGUUUCAGGUUAUGAGAGUGAUAUCUUUGCCAGAGUUAAAACUCCACCACUGGAGCCUUUUAAUGAUUACUGCCUCUCUUUCUUUUACCACCACGUUGGAGACAAUCCCCCAGUCAUGCGUUCUUAUGCAGAGGAACUUGAUGGACCACAAAAAUUAAAAUUAUGGGAAAAAGCCAACCCUGAGGAAGAUGGUUGGCUGUAUGCCAAAAUAGAUAUCCCUGGAGAUACCAUGAAGAACAAAUUUAUCCUUACUGUAGAUGCGGUUCAGGUGGAUGGACAGGAUGGUGAUGCUACCCUGGAUGAUCUCAAGGUCAUAUAUACCCAGUGUCCAAGAGGAGAUGAUAAUUACUGCACAUUCAAUACUGGACUCUGUGGAUAUUCUCAGGAAGAAGUUGAUGAUGACUUGGAGUGGGAAUGGCAUGAUGCCAGUGGUGGUGAUGACCCUUAUCUUCCCGUUGAAACUGUAGAGCAUUACUAUUAUAUAUACCUCAACACUAGAGCACAAGCAUAUUCAAAGGGAAUUAUAUAUACAUCUCUGUAUGAUGUCAAAGGUCCCCAGUGCCUUCAAUUACAAGUUCAUGCUCACUCAGAAGGUGGUACUCCAAACAUCAUUCGGAUUUAUUACGUAGGGAAUAGUACAAUCCAUGAUGGUGUAUUACUCCUAGACAGUGAUCAAGAUAAGGGAUCUGAUUGGGCAACUCUUCAGGUACCAAUAGAGCCCCAUUCCAGUCCGUACCGUCUAGCCAUUGAAGGCAUCUUGGGUGAUAACACUGAAGCUAUCUAUUCAACCUUAGCAGUUGAUGAUGUUCGCCUUACCCCAGGGUCAUGUAUUUCACCAGGAGCUUGUACUUUUGAUAUUUCAAAAUGUUCAUGGUAUUCUAAUGAACAUAUGGGCACUGUUCAGUGGCAGUUGACUGGACGAGAUGAUGUAUCUCUUACAACGAGGCCAUAUGCUGAUUCAACAUUAAAAGACAAUAAUGGUGGUUUUAUGUUAAUUGAAGCUGAUGACACACUGCAAGGUGACCGAGCUUGGCUUAUGAGUGAGCACUUUGAGGGCAUACUCAAUACGGAACGAUGUCUUACGUUCUGGUACCACAUGUAUGGCAUGGAAGGUGCAACUUUGUCUGUUCUAAUGAUGGAUGUUGAUAAGGAACCAGUCACAGUCAUCUGGAAAAUUGUAGAUAUAUUCAGUUGGAACGCAGGUUGGCAAUUGGCCUCUGCCCCAUUUUCAUCAUUUUCCACUCACCAGUUGAUAUUUGAAUCUAUUUUGGGUGAUGGAUUCAUGGGAGAUGUAGCCAUCGAUGACAUUGUAGUAGCAGCUGGUGGUUGUGCUAUACAUCCUCCAUUUGCUAGUGAAGGAGCUAAUUACACAAUGCCAGUAUUACCAACGAUUGCUCCCACAACCUCACAGCCAUCCCGCUAUGACUGUGAAUUUGACAAAGACUUGUGCGUGUGGACGAGCUCACCUGGAGGGAGACUUCAGAGUGAUAUGACCUGGCUUGUUCAUCCUUCAGAAGACGGCUAUGCUUACGUUGAUCUGACAGCUGAAGGCCUUCAUGAUGGUUCUAGAGGUAUUUUGAAUUCUACUGAGGUGUCUGCUACUGAUGGUGCCUGUCUUGAAUUUCAUUAUGAUAUAAAAGAGCCUCAUGAACUUAAUGUUUUCAUUGAGUAUGGGCAGCAGUUAGAUAACAUAUGGCAUCGUACUGGACCAUCUGGACCUGGAUGGGAGGUUGGCAGAAUCACAGUGUACUCAGAUGACCUGUUUUAUAUUCUGAUAAUGGGAACAAGAUCUGAUACAGCAGAAGGUUAUAUUGCUUUGGAUAGGAUAACUCUCAGUGAUAAACCUUGCACUGACACAGAGAGGACAUGCACAUUUGAAACUGAUGCGUGUGGAUGGCUAAACGAAGGUUCACCAAAACCAGAUGAUCCAAAAUGGAGCUUGGAAAAGGCUGACUUUACCCAAGGAGAUCACACAACAGAGUCCGCAGAAGGCCACAUUUACUUAGCAAGAAAUGCAUGGAAGAGUUCCACCAACAACACUGCCCUGGCAAAAUCAAAUAUCUAUCUAGCCAUUGGAACUACUUGUGUCAGUUUUUACUACAAGGCAGGCCAUAACCCCAAUGCCCUUUUGAAACUGUACUACUAUGAAAUGUAUACACCAGCUACAGAGGACUGGAUAGAGGUCUGGUCAGAGAGAGUAACUGAAGCAGAUGAAUGGCUAGAGGGUCGAUUUACAGUGAAAAACUCAUUCUUCAAACUGAGGCUUGAGACCAUCUUCAGUGCUCCAGAAAACAGUUCCGGGGUAGCCAUUGAUGACAUUGUCAUGAGGGAUGGAAUGUGCGGAGCCUUAGCUGAAUGCAAUUUUGAUGAUGGCCAUAUGUGUGGGUGGACAAACCAGCAAGGCAUUGAUGCUACCUGGGCUUUGAUGGCAGGACAUGAUCAUACCUAUCAUGGGCAGCAUGAUUCAGGAUAUCUAGUGCUUGAGGCUAAAGACGAAUCAGCAGGCGAUGUUGCUUUGCUUUUGAGCCCCGUUAUGAAUCCAGCAGACGCAGUUGCAGAUUGUUUCCAGUUCUGGUUUACAAUUGAUGAAAUUGAUCUUGGUACCAUCAAUGUCUACAUUGUUCCCCUUGGAGAAGACCAUAUAAAACUAUGGGAACUAAGUGCUAUUCCUGCUGGGGAAUGGAGUAUGGGUCGUGUUCCCCUUGGUGGCAUGACAGAUAGGCAUUUCCACAUUGUAGUUGAGGGCAUCACGUUCAUCUCUCAGAAGCAGGAUUUAAAAAUGGAUGAUUUUGUGAUAUUUAAGGGCCCUUGUACCUUAUGGCCUUCUGUUGCUGUCCCUGCAAAUGACACAGGCAUUUCAACUACUGUCUCUCCCAUCAGUACUACAACUCCUGAACCUCUUGGUGAAUAUGACUGUGAUUUUGAAGAUUUCUAUAUGCCAUACUGUACCUGGAGAAAUGCGGAUGAGAAUGGCACCUCAGCAUGGAUUUGGCAGCAAGGACCUCCAGAUACUGUAUCUCCUGGUCCAGCUGUUGAUCACACAUUAGGAGACAAGAGUGGACAUUACCUUUUUGUGGAAGCACAGUGGGAUGGCGAACCAUCCAUGACAGUCCCCUUAACUCAAGGCCCUGUAGAAGAUGCCCAGUGCUUCAGAUUUUGGUACUACAUGUUUGGUGAAAAACCCCCGCAACUCCAAGCAACAAUGGAAGCUCAAGGAGAAGUUUUGACUCCAACCUUCAUGAAGAUGGGCUCACAGGGUGAUGCUUGGCAUCAGGCUGUAAUAAAUCUGAAAUUGGAAAGUAAACAGUAUAAUGUUAUGAUCAUUGCCAAAUGGAAUGAAAGUAGUCAGGGCUUAGUAGCAGUCGAUGACCUUCGUUUACACCAAGGUGUCUGCGCUCAUGAUCCAAAAGAUCCUGGGGCACUCCAUGAUUUUGAAGAGAGUGGUUCUAACUUUGAUGUAGAGGGAACUGUACAGUGGGAUACGACAAGUACAUCUGAGCAACCUGAUCACACUUUUGGAACCACAAAAGGUCAUAUGGCAAGGGUAUCACUAAGCGAGUACAAGAAAAAUGAUAAAGGCCAAAUAACAUCACCUGUGUAUGAGUCUCAAGGAAAAACUUACCAAUGCAUCCACUUUUAUUAUUACUUUAGUGGUUUAUCGGAUGUUGCUGAAUUAACAGCCUUCGCAGCCGAAUCUGAAAAUGCUAAUGGUGAUCUUCGUACGGGACCUAAAGUACCUUUAUUUAUACAAAGAGAAGCACAAGGUGACAACUGGAUUCAUGUUGAGUCAUACAAUCCUUUCUCUUUUGACUACCAGAUUAUCUUUGAAGCAGUCUUACUUGGUGACAAUGCUGAUGUUGUCCUUGGCAUAGAUGAUGUAUAUAGCACUACAAGUUCCUGCUUUUCAUUUGGUAAUUGUAACUUUGAGCAUGACAUGUGUAGCUGGAGAAACGACGAGACUGAUGAGGCUGAAUGGCUCCUACAGAGCCCAAGUGAUGGAGGGAUGGUCGAGGGACCCCCGUUUGAUCAUUCAUUUAGUACAGCAAAAGGUCACUAUAUCAUCAUAUCAGGACCACAAAUGCCAGAAGGAGGAGGUCUUGCUCACUUGAUUUCUCAGAGAUAUCCUCCCACUGAAGCACACGGAGGCUGUAUCAGUUUUUGGUACAAUGCUGCAUUUAUUGAGGGCUUUCUUAGAGUAUCUUUGGACUCUGGCUCUAACUGGUACACAGCUUGGGAGCUUGAAGUGGGAUUUGAUACAUUUUGGCACCCAGCACAAGUCAAUGUUCUUCUUCAAAGUACCUCUUUCAAGGUUGUCAUAACAGGGUUCUUGAAAUCAGACCCCAAUACCUGGAUUGCUAUAGAUGAUCUCAGUUUCGAACACAGUGUGCCAUGUGUUGGAGGCCUUAAACCAGAGGCAGCAGAUGCAGUGGAGGGAACUCUUCUGAAUAUUGGCUGUAAGUUCAACAACAAAUGCACCUACACAGUACUAGGUGAAAUGACAAUAGGAACGACAGAUAACGUACAUGAUUAUCGAGGCCAUGGAAACUAUCUCUAUGCAACAGCUUUUCACAACAGAGAGACUGAAGUUUACAGUUUGACCUCACGCCGCCUUACUCCAAACUUUGAUGUAGAGUCUUCACCCGUAAACAAGUACUGUAUUGCAUUCUGGUACUAUAUAUUUGGCACAUCAAGCCCUUGGCUGCAGGUUGGCAGAACUAAUGUGGUAAAUGAAUAUGGAAAUGUCACCAAAGGGUCUUAUUACUUUUGGGAAAGAUUUGUUGGUGUAGAAGAUGUUUGGAAGUACGCCCGAGUAAACUUAGACACAACAACUAUUGGUGACUGGAAGCUUCAUAUAGAUUACAGUUUGAUUGUGGAUUCUGCUGGAACUCUGGCAGUAGAUGACCUUGUUGCUACAAGAGGUAGUUGUGAAAUUCUGUUAGACAAGUGUGACUUUGAAGUUAAUCAAUGUGGCUGGGUCAACGUGCAGAACGACACUUAUCAGCUUCAGUGGCUGAUGGUUAGAGCAGAUUCCACCAUUCUUCCAGAGCCCAUUUCAGGCGACCACACUACUAUGUCUUCAUCAGGACAUUUCAUGUUUGCCAAGAGAAAGGAGAUAACUCAGAAUGAAGAUCCCUUAGUGGGGAUGUUCCAUAGCAGACAGAUUCCAAAAGGUGGAGGGGACCAGUGCUUCACAUUUUGGUUUAGAAUGCAUGGUAACGAAAAUGUACUUGACCUUGUGGCGAUGAAUAAGAGUGACACCCAGACGAUCUGGAGCUGUCCAAGAAUACCAAGCUAUGGGUGGACAUAUAGUGAAGUGGAUAUCAACACUGACAACUCAGCCAUUUCUCUUGGCUUCAUUGCGAAAUAUGCUCCAACAUCAAAAUUAGGCAUUUAUCUGGAUGACUUUGAAUUGAAGCCUAGCAAAUGCCCUCCAACCACAGCAUCUUGUGAUUUUGACAGCAACUUAUGUGGCUGGACCAACAAUGAGUUAGUUGAGGAUAUAUGGCUGGUUGGCAGAGGUUAUACUCAAGAUCCUAGUAUUGUGUCAGGUCCUCUCUUAGAUCACACUUCUGAGACUGGGAUGUAUGCUUAUGUAGACUUCACAAGAAACAGUAAUGCGAGCAGGGAAGUCAGGCUAUCAAGUGCAAUAUUUCCGAAACAAGACAAAGGCUGUUUCUCCUUUUGGUAUAUGAAGUAUGGAGAGAAUGGUUUGUCUGGUACCUUCACUGUGACCCUGGUGCAGCUAAAUGAUGAUGGUGAAGUUAAUACUGAAAAGCUGAUUGAUAUGAACAAUGAUGUACAUACAAGAGACUGGACCCACACUUAUGUUGAGUUUUCAUCAGCAGAAUAUGACUUCCAGCUUUAUUUGGAUACUCGUAAAUUUACUCCUGAUCAGUUCAUAGCUCUUGAUGACACUUUGCUGCUCUUCUCACCUUGUUCAGAACUCCCAACUACUCCAACUCCAAGACCUUUAUUCUCAAUGUGUGAUUUUGAAUCGGAUGACAUUUGUGGAUUCCUUCAAGAUGAAGGAGAUGAUAUUGAUUGGAUUCAUGGUUCUGCAAAAGACAGCAGUCAGCUCCCAAAUGAUCACACCUUUGGCACAUCUGAUGGAAAAUAUAUGUAUGUGAGGUCAUCUGGCACUGGAAUUGGAGCAGUUGGUACCAUAUUCUCUCCUAUGAUAUAUGAUGCAUCUGAUGCAUGUGUGGCAGUAUCUUAUUUUACAACAGCUAAGUCAGAUGCUAUUCAAGUAUUGCUGUUGGAAGAAGGAAGCGACAAGCCUGUUUCCCUUACUGUCCUUAAUUCCCCAAUUGGGUCAUGGGUUAACGUCAGAAUACCUGUAGCUGCAGAAGGAGGAUGGCAACUGGUAUUUAAGGUGACGAUACAGAGAGAUAGUGGAUUCAUUGGACUUGAUGAUGUGAUUCUGGCAAAUGAACCUUGUCAACCUCCUGUAUCCUGUGACUUUGAGGAGCAUACUUGCUUAUGGCAAGCAGAAGAGAGGGAUACUUGGAAAAUUGGUAAAGUGGGAGAUGAUGAAUCUCAGAUGGAAGGAAAAAAAUAUGCCCCGGCACAUGACCACACCACUGGGACUGCAUAUGGAAGCUACCUGUACUUCUAUGACAAGAAAGACCUAAGCCCUGAAGACUUAAGCUUCUCAAUGAUAUCUGAAGGUUUUACCAUAUUCAGAGACUCAUGUUUAUCUAUGUGGGUUCAUAUGUUUGGUGAAAAUGUUGGCUCACUGAAGCUAAGUUUGAUGACUGAUUUUGGAGGAUUUACACUUGCAAGUGUAGAUCAUUCAACUGGAUACCGCUGGCAAAAUAUUAAUGUUCAGUUAGAUGUUUCUCCAAGGAAGUGGCUGACUUUAACUGCGAAGGGAGUUUCAAACUACUUGAAUGUGUUAGCUGUGGAUGACAUAAUGUUGUAUGAGGGAAAAUGUAUUACGAAUUCAACACUUUUCUACUGCCGUGAUGGUCAGAGCAUUCCUUCCAAUCAGGUGUGUGAUUACAUUGCACAAUGUGGAGACCUAAGUGAUGAGAGAUUGUGUGCUUCUUGCACUUUCUCUGAAGAUAUGUGUGGUUGGCAAGACUCUGAUACCUUGGAGGACCCAGCAAUGCUAUGGUGGUUACGAAUCAAUGAUGAUGCUCUUUUACCUGAGAAUCCUCACAAGUUGCACGUGGAGGUGUUUGAGAAAGACGGCAGAUCUUUAAAUAGCCCAAGAAUUGUUACUCGCUUGCUUCAGCCCACUCAUCAAACAUGUGCACUUCAUAUGGAUUAUAAACUAUAUGCUCCAGAGGGUUCAGGUCCUGAAAUAAACAUCUACCUUGACCAUGGUUCCUCAGACUUGACCAAGAUUUUCCACGUGCAGAACUCCCAAGAAGACUGGCAGCAACUUCAGCUACCUAUUGGUAGAAUCACAUCCCUUUAUCAGAUUGUUAUUGAAGCUACAGAAGAUCCUAGCAAAGAAGUUGUUGGUGCUGUUGAUGAAGUCAACAUGAUAGAUUGCCAGCCGCCUGCCCCUUGUGAAGAUCUUCCCUCAGAUUAUGUGUGGUGUGACAACAAAGUAUGUGUUCCUACAGGGGUUGUUUGUGACUUUACAGAUGACUGUGGUGACUAUUCAGAUGAGAAAGACUGUGAUGAAUAUCAUUUAAGAUGUGACUUUGAAAGUGAUUAUUGUGGUUGGGAAACUACCUUCAAUAAAACCAAAUCGAGGGAUAGUAUCAGGCCUCCUUAUCGGGACCAUUCUGUCAACACUGGAGAUGGACACCACCUGAUUUUUGCUUCAUCUGCUCAAGCGAAGAGUGUGUUCACCAGCCCCAUUAUUGGUGCCUCAGACAAUUGCAUGCUGGUAUUAGAAGCAGAUAUAGAAGAAAGUGGCUAUGUAGGUCUUGAUGAUAUUUCACUGACUCCUGAGUGUAACAUAAGAGAUCCAACUCAAUUCCCACCUACAGUUACACCUAAACCAAGCCCUUGCCCUCCUGGCCAGUUCUACUGUAGCCUUAAGGGCAACUGUAUUGAUGACCAAUUGGUAUGUGAUUUUAGUAAAGAUUGUGAAGAUGGAGAAGAUGAAAGACUUUGUGGGUCUUCAACCUUUGAAGAAGACAAGGGUGGAUGGCAGGACAUGAGUGAUGGCGAAUAUAAAUGGUCAAGAAUUAAUGCCAGUACAGCACAUGGUCCUGAUGAUGUUGCCCCUGCACAUGACCACACUAAUGAUGGGAAAAUACCAGGCUUCUACAUGUGGGCUUCAGCUAAGUUAGCAGAUUAUCCUGAGGGAGUUGCAACAAUGAUUUCCCCAGAAGUGGGCCCUCCUGGGUUGCAGUGUUCUCUUCAGUUUUGGUAUUACUGUAAAGACUCUCGUCCCUUGUUUAGUACUUCAUUGUACACAGCUAACAACACCCAUGAGGAGAUCUAUCAAGGGCUUUUGCAGUGUUCUUAUAACCAAGAAUGGAGAUAUGCCAAUGUGUAUAUUGGUGAUCAAGAUACAACAGUCAUUGCUGAGCUUCAGAGUCUGUUGUUCUCGGACACACAUGUUGAGAAGCAGUAUGACAUUGCAGUGGAUGAUGUGCUUUUUAACCGAUGCUCCAAAAAAGAACCCAAUGCUGAUGAGGAUAUUCAGUGUACUUUUGAUGAGCCUUGUAGUCUCUAUGAAAAUCAUCAUGAUGAUCGAGACUGGAAGAAUGUUGGUGACUUAUACAACAACUUUUUGAUGGUAGCUGGUUCUCAAGAACCAGCAACAGCAGUCCUGCAAACAUGGUGGAGAUCCCCUUCUAUUGGCUUCUGUGUAUCUUUCCGGUAUUUCAUUGAGGAGAAAGCCAAUCUGACAGUAACUCUAAAAUGCAGAGACUCAGGUGAGGAAGAGACCCUCUGGACAGCAGAUGACCGCAUGGAAUUUCUAGACUGGCGUACCCAGUACCUUAAUGCCUUUGCAACCUGUGACCACCAGGUAUGGGUGACAGCUUACAAUAUAACAUCACCUCAGAGGAUUAAAUUGGAUGAUUUUAGCCUGAAUCAAGGUCAAUGCCCAGCACCCCUAGUGUGCACUUUUGAUGAAGUGAGUGCAGAAUGUGAAUGGAAGGAUACUCAGGUUUCAGGAUCUUCUUUAGACUGGGUCAUAGCUGCUGCUAAAGAUGGAGUGCCAAACACCCCCUCAGUGGAUCAUUCUUGGGGCACAGACAGUGGACACUAUGUAUACCUUCCUGUCAGAGAUGACACUGUAGGUCAGUUUGGCGUGUAUUCAAGCCCUCUCAUCACAACGACAGCUUCAGAUGGUGAUUGCUUCAACUUUUGGUUUUACCUAUUUAGUAACGAUCCCAAGCUUCCUGUUGGGGAACUGAACGUCAGGCUUGGAAAAGUUGAUCCUGAGGAGAUGGGUGAUGUUAUUUGGCAUCAUUCAUAUAAUGGUAGAAACAUGUGGCAAUAUGGCGAGACCACCAUCUCAAACGACCAGAAUUUUACAGUGCUUUUACAAGGAAUUCGUGGGAAUGGCACAUCAGGAAUCAUUGCUUUUGAUGAUCUGAGUGUGAGACGCGGUGCAUGCACUCCACCUGGCACCUGUGACUUUGAAGGUGGCCUUUGUGGUUACACAAAUGUUCCAGAUGCAAAGAAAAACAGUUGGGAAUGGCUAAAGGCAGAGGAGUCUAGUGAUGGGGUGUUUACUGAUCAUACAACAGGCACAGGGACAGGGCACUACGUUUCAUUUGACCUGGCAAAUUGUGCUUAUGGCACUGAAUGCUCUGCAGAUCUUAUCAGUUUUGAUUUUGCACCAGCCAGUGAGAAUUACUGCUUUACAAUGUAUAUGAAUGCUAAACAGAGUAAACUUGAUGAGAACUGGUUGACACUGGCAACUGUUGAUAUUGAAAGGAACAUCACGCAAUUAAGAACAUCAUUUGUUCAUGAACUAGAUUAUGUCUGGCUGUACAAGCAACACUCAUUAGAAUACAUGCAUAAAGUAUUCCACUUGCGCAUCCGAGCUUCAAUGAUCACAGAAUUCCUAGAUGAAGGAGCUUUCAUUGCCAUAGAUGACGUCAAACUCUACCCUGAAGAAUGUUGGAAGAUAGAAACUACUGCAGUACCAACAGGCACUCCUAAGCCAGAUACUAAGCUUACCUGUGACUUUGAAGAUGACACAGCUUGUGGAUGGAGCACUGGUAACAUCUGGCAGCUUGAAACUGGCUCUCAUGAAGAAGGAACUGAAGAUGGACCUUAUGUUGAUGACACCACAAAAUUGUCCUCAGGUCAUUUCAUGAUAUCUAAGUCAGUGGGUUCCAGACAAACAGGAAGAUUAAUAUCCGAGGUAUUAACAAAGCAGGAUGUUGGAUAUUGCCUCUCUUUCUACUAUUACAUGCAUGGAACAGCUCCACCAUUCCUGAAACUGUACAUUGUGAAAGAUGGUGAGAAACCAACCACAUUGCCUGACUGGGAGCACUUUGAUGAGCUUGGAGAAACAUGGCAGAAAGUCAGCUUAUACAUGAAUCCCAACUAUGAUUUUAAUGUGUAUAUCACAUCUGAGACACAAGAAAGUAAUGAGGAUGUGGGUCAUUCAGCAAUUGAUGACUUUUUAUUGAUCUCUGGGACAUGUCAAGCAGAACCAGGUGGUCUUUGUGACUUUGAGACAAAAGAUCUUUGUGAAUGGACGACUACCAAUGAUAAAGUGAUGUGGGCAUGGGGCAGUGGUAGUCAAACUGCUCCUGAAAAUCAGCCUGCCAUUGAUCAUACUUUUGGGACGGAAUAUGGUCAUUAUGCUUAUUUCAAACAUGCUGAGGAUGACAAUAAAGAUUACAAAGCCCAGCUGACAAGUCCAACUCAUAGCAGUACGGGCAAAAUGUGCUUCUCAUUCUAUUACUAUUUGUUUGGUGUGGGAAAUUGGACAGGAGCCCUAGAUGUCUAUAUUGUUGAUCCUUCUGUUGCCAUUGAGAGUGUAGAUCCCAACAAGAGAAUAGAGGGCAACCAAGGUGAAAAAUGGCAUCUUGCUCGCAUAUCUGUUAAUUUCGAAAAUGACUAUCAUGUUGUCAUGGUUGCAACUGAAGGCAGUGAAGGUGCUACAAGUGUAAUAGCUAUUGAUGAUAUUGUGAUGCUUGACAAGACUUGUCCAUCUGGUGCAACUUGCUCUUUUGAGGACGGAUAUUGCAGCUGGAAAAACAUUAAAGAUGGUGACCUAAUGGAUUGGGUCAUGAAUCAAGGUCACACACCCACAGAUGAAACUGGUCCUAACUAUGAUCACACUCUACAGACAUCUUCAGGCCACUAUGUGUACUUGGAGUCAGAUGAUGGGGAAAAUGGCUACACUGCUAUACUAGAGUCUGCCAACAUAAAAGCAGGAGAUUACUGUUUUGAGUUCUACUAUUACAUGUAUGGAAAAGAUAUUGGAGCGCUGAGUAUUCAGACCAACGGGAAUGGCACUUUUGAGACUAUUUUCACACUGGUCGGUCAUCAAGGGAAUGAGUGGAAAUUGGGUAAAGUGACAACUCACAGUGACACAGACUUUGCUAUUCAAAUUGUAGCUCGUAGAGGAAAUGGAAACAAAGGAGACAUUGCAGUUGAUGACACUUGGACAACAAAGGGGAAGUGCCAUGAUGAUCCAUCAACUUUUAUGUGUUCAGAUGGCAAAGUCAUACCAAUUGAGAAUGUCUGCGAUUUUUCUUUCGACUGCCAAGAUCAGGGUGAUGAAAUGCUUUGUGGAGAUUGUGCUUUCGAGUUAGGGUUAUGUGGAUGGAAUAUCCUGCAUGAAACAAAUUAUGUAUGGACCCGAGGUCGAAAUGUGAGCGACGAGACACAUUCUAAAACUGUAUUUGACCACACAUUUGGCACUGAAAUUGGCUAUUUUGUUUAUGUGACAAGUGUCCCGAGUGAAGAGUCAGGUUUUGCCGUUAUGAAGACUUCUGCCCUUCAUAAUGCUCACAUAGAUUGUGUGAUGCAGUUCUGGUACAUUGAAAACUCUGCACCUAUUAUACAUAUUUUUACUCGACUUAGAAUUAGCAUUGUGAGAAAUGGGGAAGUUAGUCAUUGGUUUUACCUUAUGAGCAAGAGUAAUCAGGAUUGGAAGUAUGCUGAGGUCAGGCUACUAGAUUGGCUUGGGGAAUUUUCGGUGCAGAUUGAAGGCCAAAACCUUGCUUCUCCACCUGAUUUGGCUAUUGAUGACAUCACAUUUGUACAGUGCGCAUUACCAGUUUCUUCUGAUGAUUGCCCAGAAGGAAUGCUACAGUGCACAUCCACAAAAUUAUGCAUCAGCCUUGAAGUGAUAUGCGAUAACACAAAUGACUGUGGAGACAUGACUGAUGAGCAGAAUUGUGACGGUUUUAAUAUAUGCACUCUUGAGGAUGGUGAUGCCUGUGACUGGACACAAGAAGAAGUUGAUGAUGAUUUAGAUUGGAAUGUUCAGCAAAGUCAAACACCAAUUGGAGGACGAACUUACUUGACAGGACCACCUGUGGAUCAUACCACAAGGCUCUCUGAUGGUCACUAUAUGUAUGUCACAAGUCCUACUGCUGGCAGCGAUAUGACUGAAAAUGCUUUGUAUAAGGCAUGGUUUUUGAGUCCUGUUUUAGAGAAUGAAAAAGACAUAUUCCCUUGUCAACUGAGAUUCCAUUAUUAUAUGUAUGGAAGAGAUAUUAGAGAACUUAAUGUGUAUACAAGGGUGGACCUUGAUGGUGAAAAGAUUCUUUCUUUUUCAAGAAAGGGAGAACAAGGACAGUUUUGGGAUCGUGCAGUCAUAUCAGCUGGUUCAAUAACAUCCCCAUUCCAAUUUGUCAUUGAAGGUAUCGUGGGGGAUCUUGCAUUUUCUGAUAUUGCUAUUGAUGAUCUUUCCUUCACAACAACUUGUAUUUACAGUAAUGAGACACUUCCUGGUGGACAUACACCUGCACCACCUUAUAACCCAUGUUCACAGGAUGAAUUCUACUGCCAAGUAAGAGAUGAAUGUAUAUCAGUUUUUAAAAGAUGUGAUUGGAUAGCAGAUUGUUCCAAUGGAGCUGAUGAAGAUGACUGUGGCGCAUGUACUUUUGAGUAUGGCUUGUGUUCUUGGAGUGAUUUCAGUGAGGGUGUCUUUAAAUGGGAGAGAAUACUUGCUGAAGAAAUGAGUAUGUAUGAUCACCCAUCUUAUGAUCAUACUGAAGGGGACUUAUCUCAUGGCCACUUUAUAUAUGUUGUAGGAGCAGAUGGUACAGAUGGAAAAACUGCAUUGCUAAGGAGCCCAGCAUUGCUUCACUCGUCUUCAUAUUACUGUGAAGUACACUUUUGGCUCUAUGUCAGACAACCUACAAAUACAAAUUUAGCACUGUCUUAUAUCAGGAAAUUUGAUGGGAAAAAGAUUUCUUUGUAUAAUAUGACAUACCCAGUACCUCAGGAAGAAUAUUGGUUUGAAAUUCUUGCUUCAGCACCAGCAGUAACAGCUGGAUCUUACUUUAUAUUGGAAGCUACACCAGUGUUUGAUGUACCAAGUGAUUAUGCUUCAUCCAAAACAUGUGUUGCCAUUGAUGAUAUAAGUUACUUUGACUGUAAUCAACGUACACUGGGAUUAGAUUGCAAUUUUGAUGAUGAAGUUGAACACAUAUGUACAUGGCGUCAAGAUGAAAUGGAUCAACAACAGUGGCUAUCUAGUUAUGAUCUCACACCAAGACUUCCUGAUCACACAACAGGACAUGGAUACUACAUCUUCAUUAAUUUUGAUUUUAUUGAAACCCACACGGAAGAUAGAGCACGGCUAAUAAGUACUGUAAUGCCUAAGCCAUUAGGCUCUGACAAUAUCCUUAGUCUUUGGUAUUACUGCUAUGGUGAAAAUGUUGGUGCCUUUAGGAUUAUUCUGAAGGAAGUACACAAGGAAGAAGAAGAACAUCUCUUUGAAAUUAAAGGCUCACAGGAUGAAAGAUGGCUCUACUUUGAAAAAAAACUAGAACUUGAAGAUGAUUUUACUAUUAUUCUCGAAGGAGAGUGGGAUAUCAUAGGUCCUGGAUUGUUGGCUGUUGAUGAUGUAAAGAUGGGAUCAAAACUUCAUGAAAAUUUAUGUGAUUUUGAAAAUGAUUUCUGCCAGUGGCAACAAAGUUCUGAGGACAAUAUUGACUGGAAGAGAGGCUAUGGAGAUGAAGGUCUUGCUGGGCACCCUCUUGUGGAUCAUACAACCCACAGUGGAAGUGGUUAUUAUGCUUAUAUUGAUUCAGAUCAGGGCAAAGAAAUGAAUGGACUCCUUGUGUCACCUGAGUACACAUCGGUUGGUUAUCAGUGCCUUAAGUUUUGGUAUCAUAUGGAUGGAGACAGAGAACUAGGAUCCUUAACAGUGGAGGUAAUUGACUUGACAACCACAUCUAGGAAAGUCCUUUGGGAAACUUCCACGAUAUCCUUUGAAACAUGGAGUGUUGAAAAAGUAAAUGUUCCAAAUUAUGAGAAGUAUACUGUGCAGUUCAAAGUUAAAUCUGGAUCAGGAGAUCAUAGCAAUGCUGCCAUAGAUGAUGUGGAAUUCAUACCAGGAAUUUGUCCACCUGCAAAUGAAUGUACUUUUGAGUAUGAUUACUGUGAAUGGUUUAAUGUCGAUGGAUCUGAUACUUUUGAUUGGAUACGAUCAUCUGGUUCAGAAGGUUCAGGUCCUUCUGUUGACCAUACAAUAGAAAUGGACAGUGGACAUUACUUGAAAGUGAAUCUUGAAAGCAAAAAGAAAGGAGACAGUGCCAGAUUGUAUGGUGCAAGUAUUUCUUCUGACCUAAAGUGUGUUUCAGUGUGGUACUCUAUGCAACACAUUGUCGGUGCUACUCUUAGUAUUGACUAUUUGGGACAAGAACCUACUCCUUUGGUAAAGAUCCAUAACUCAACAUUAGAUUACCUGUGGGAAAAUAUCAAAGUAAUUCCAGGUGAAAUUACUGGGCAGAGGUACAAUGUUAGGAUUAGCAUUGAAGUUGAUGAGGAUAUAGCCACUUCUGAAUAUACUGUUGUAGCUAUUGAUGAUGUGAGUUUCACCACUGACUGUCAGGAGCCAACACUUCCGCCAUUAACAACCAUGCCUCCACCUACUCAUCAUCCUUCCAUAUAUGACUGUGAUUUUGAUAUUAGUGACUAUCCACUUUGUUCUUGGAUUCAAGAUACAAAAGAUGAUUUUGAUUGGAUGCGAUGGAAAGGUCCAACUCCAUCACCAGAAACUGGCCCUAAGAGUGAUCAUACCACAGAAUCAAAAGAAGGCUAUUAUCUCUAUGUUAGUACCACAGGAGCACAUGAAAAGAGGGCGCGUCUCCUCAGCCCAACCAUUUACCCAAGUAUGGAUGGUUAUUGUCUAUCCUUCUGGUACCAUAUGCAUGGUUUCCAAAUUGGGACUUUAGAGGCAAAGUUACUAAAGACCAACAACCAGACAAAAACGCUGUGGCGUAGAGCUCAUGACCAAGGAAAAGAAUGGUUACAGGCUGAAGUUUAUAUAAAAGAUUCAGAAAUGAGUAAAAUGGUCAUAGAAGUUUUUCCAGAUGCUAAUGGAAAGGGAGAUAUUGCAAUUGAUGAUAUUGCUCUUGAUCUGAAACCAUGCUCAGUUGGUACUCUUUGUGACUUUGAGACUGGUAUGUGCAAUUUUGAACAGUCUUUAGAGGUAGAUGCUAAAUGGGAUUUAGUUGAAGCAACUUCAUCUCCAGCAGAAGAACAUAAGCCUCAAGCAGAUCAUUCACUGGAGGCAACUGGUGGUCACUAUCUUCGACAUUCCAGUCCAGGUACAGCUCUCAUCUUUACAGAUCGUAUCCACCCAGAUUACAAGUGUGUUGAAUUCUGGGUGCACUUAGAUGGAAACACCGCGUAUCCACCAGCAGAAUUAAAGGUUUAUGUACGCAGAAAUGGUGAGGUGGACCCAGAGCCAAUACUGGAGAUCACAAGUGCACUGGGCAUUCACUGGAAUAGAUAUAUACUUCCAGUUGGGGAAGAAUCUUAUUACUCAUUAGGAUUUGAGAGCCAUCUUGAUAAUCAGGAUUAUGUAGUAGGCCUUGAUGAUAUUAAUCCAGUAAUAGAGUGUGAGGCUUUUGAUGAGUGUGAUUUUGAAACAGAUUUAUGCAUGUGGCAGAAUACUGUUAAUGAUGAUUUUGAUUGGUCUUUAAUAAGUGCAGCAGAUUUAGAUAACAUUUAUGCUCCAGAAGUAGAUGUCACUUUAGGUGAACCAGUUGGAAGCUUUGCUUAUACAGAUAUAGCCAGUAAUGUUCUUGAACUAGAACGUUAUGCUGUACUCCAGUCAAAUGUAUUAGAGCCAUUGGAACGAUGCCUAAGUUUCUGGUAUCACAUUCAAGGUAAGGAAACUUACUUCCAUAAGCCAUCUAUAAUAGUUAGUAUUAAAAUGCUUGAUCAGGAGACACCAACAAAAUUAUGGUCUCAGAAAAAGUCAAUAUUUGUUGACUGGGUUUAUGACCAAGUGACCAUUGACGCAAAAUCUAAACAUUAUUCUAUCAUGUUCACUGCUGUUAGCGACCAUGGCAAUAGUGGUAUUAUUGCACUGGAUGAUGUUAAAAUACUGAAGGGAAAGUGUGAUAAUUCUACUAUACCAGACUGUGUAAUGACCUGUGAUGGUGGAAAAUGUAUACAUGAGGAUCAAGUUUGUGAUUUUAUACAGAACUGUGACAAUGCACAAGAUGAAAGAUCAUGUGGAUACAAUUGUACAUUUGGGGAUAUCUUUGACCAUGAAAAUUGUCUAUGGGAAAAUCAAAGCAGUGAGGGAGCAGUUUUAGCAUGGCUUGAGCUGGAUGGUAAGGCAAAUGACUCAUAUGUUCCUCCAGUAGAUCAUACAUCUCUAACUCCUGAAGGUUAUUCAAUGGUUGUAUACCCAAUUGACAGGUCGCAAAAUGCUGAUCAAAAGGCAGCAAUUCUUCAAAGUCCAGCCCUCCAUAAUGCUGCAGCUAACUGUCGUAUGUCAUUUUGGUACACUAUGUAUGGCCGAACAAGUAAUGUUUCUUCAUCUGCAAAUAUAGGAUCUUUAAAUAUUAGGUAUAAAGCAGGUGAUAAAACUACUGAUGUAUUUAGUACAAAAGGUAAUCAAGGUGAUGAAUGGAAGCCUGGCAUAACUUACCUAGGGAGAAUAAAACCAGAAUUCCAUCUUCUGUUUGCUGGUAACCGUGAUUUAGAUGUUGAUGGUUAUAUAGCAAUAGAUGACAUCAGAUUUGAAUUUUGCUUCCUUCCAUCUCCCAUGGUAGAUCCAACACAGUGCUCUGAAUUUUUAUGUGCAAACAAGGCAUGUAUAUCUGGAGAAGACUUAUGUGAUUUUGUGGAUGAUUGUGGUGAUUCAUCAGAUGAAAAAGAGGUCUUAGCAAACUGUUCAUAUUACGCUGGGCGCUGCAGUUUUGAAGAUGGCUCAUUUUGUGACUGGACUCAAGGAGAUGAAAUGAAUUGGAAGUUGGGAUCACCUAGUAUAGAGGAUAUCAUACCAUAUAGAGAUCACACACUUAAUACAGUCACAGGAUCUUAUAUUCAUAUUGACAGUGCUGAUUACCAGGUUAAUGCUACAGUAGCUACUUUAUAUAGUCCCAUUGUUACCUGGAAAGAGUCAUCUGGAGAUUUGUGUCUGUUAAGAAUUUUCUAUUAUAUAGAUGGACCAGGUGUUGACAAACUGACAGUCUUAACAAGGGAUAGUAUUGGAGGUCCAAUAACUGAACAUCUAACAAUAUCAGGUGCUGUUGGUCCAUACUGGGAGAAAAGUGAAAUUUUUAUCCCACCAGAUGCUUUCAUUGGCAAACAAGUUCAGUACAUAAUUAAAGGUGAAACCUUGGACUAUGAUGGAAGUGAACGAUCUGUUAUUGCAAUUGAUGAUUUGUCAUUCAAUAUAGGAUGCAUCCGGUCAUUUGAUCCUUUACCAACAGCACAGACAGUAGUUACUACAGCAAAAACACCAUGCCCAGGAUUUGAAUGUGAGAAUGGAGAGUGCAUUCCAUAUGAGUAUGUCUGUAACUUUAUUAGUGAUUGCCAAGAUAAUUCUGAUGAAAAGACAUGUGCAGCUUGCACUUUUGAGGACAACAUGUGUGGCUGGCAGGACAGUAGUGUAGGUGGUUUGUACUGGGUACGUGAUGAACCAAAAGUCCUUGGGCGAGAAGGACAUAUGAUGAUUGUUGAAACUAGAUCUGGUAGCCUUUCAAAUUCAGCUGAAAUGUUUACUGUUGAUCUUGGAAAAACUGGUUCAGGAUGUCUUAUUAAAUUUUAUUAUUAUAAACAAGGUGGAGAAUUUGGAGGUUCAAGCCUUCAUUUAAUUGUAACGACCAACAAAGGCUUCACAGAUACUCGCUGGUAUGUUACUGAUGACAAAGGUCAUAGCUGGUAUGAACAAAUUGCAGGCAUUGGUGAGCUUGAAGCAGGUUGGAAUCUUCAUUUUGAUGCUUAUAAUUAUAUAGAUGACGGCCUAAUGAUGGUUGAUGACAUAGAGUUUAUAAACUGUUCAGUGCCAGAAAUCCACACCUGCACACCAGAUCAGUUACAGUGUACUAAUGGUGCAUGUGCUGAUGUCGAUCAAAUAUGUGAUUAUAAUGAUGACUGUGGUGACAGAACAGAUGAACUGGAAGACCUUUGUAAGAGCUAUCCUGGGAGAUGCAGUUUUGAGGAAGAUUUUUGUCAAUGGAGUGUAGAGAGUAGCAGUGCAGAGUGGUUCCGCAAAAGGGGCAUUGACAUAGCAGAGGAUGUUGGGCCUGAUUAUGAUCACACCUAUUUCAAUGAAACUGGGUAUUACAUGUACUUGAUGAGUGGUAUAGGUGACAGAGGAAAGGUGGGGAGGAUGCAUAGUUCUCCAUUCCAGCGGUCUAGUGGAGAGUGUUCAUUUAGAUUCUGGUACAUGAUGAGAUCUAAUGAAAGUGCUACUCUGACUGUAUAUGUUGAAGAGGCAUCAUCACUAUCAGUUAACUUACUACCGAAAGUUAUUUUCCAAACUCAAGGAACUUUCGAAUAUACAUGGCUAAAAGUCAGCAAGGAAAUCGUAUAUUCAAGACCUUUCAGGAUUUUGAUUGCAGGCACUUUAGGAAUCAAAGGUUCAGGAGGCAUUGCAGUAGAUGAUGUUUCUUUCACCCCUGAAUGUCAACCUAUUAUUCAUUUGCCAACUACAACUCUUGGUCCAGAUGUUUGUCCAGAUGGACAGUAUCGGUGCAAUUCUGGAAUGUGUGUCCCUGAUGAAAAUGUUUGUGAUUUCCGUUACGAUUGUGAUGAUGGAACAGAUGAAUUGAUAUGUCCUUCAUUUUGCAAUUUUGAAUACGAUUCCUGUGGCUGGGGGGAAGUCAGAGAAGAUAAACUGAACUGGGUUGUUGCUAAAGCUAAUGAUAGUUUCUUUGGAACUGAUGUACAUGGACCAUAUGUAGAUCAAACUGAUGACCCAACAGGACAUUUCUUGCUCCUGUUCUUAGAAGGAGAUGAAGGUACAGAAGGACAGGAUGGACAUUCCGUCACACAUUAUUAUCAGAAUGCUGCUCCAGAGUGUCAUUAUAGUUACUGGUACUAUGUGAAUGGAAACCUGGAAUCUGACAUAAUCCUCCGGUUUUACACAAAUGCAUCAGGUUUCACCAAUCUGGACUUCUUUUCAACGGAUAUUGAACAUGAAGAUUUGUGGAAGAAAGGCAUAGUAGGUAUAGGAAGGCAGCAGAGUCCAUUCAUGCUGUCUCUUUAUAAAGAACCUUCUGCUGAAUACCCUGGAGUAUUUGCUUUAGAUGAAACAGAAUUUUUCGACAGUUGCCAUUAUCCAGAACCUACUGAGGGAGACUGCGAUUCAUAUCAGUUCCACUGCCCCGUUACUAAGGUGUGUAUCAGGAAGGAUGAGAUGUGUGAUGGAAAAGAUGAUUGCGGAAAAGAUGACGAUGAGACUCUUGAAAGCUGCUCAAGUUAUAAUUUCAUUACUUUUGAAGAUGAAAAUUGGACAAAAUGGUUCCAGCAAGGUGUGGAUGGCUUGGAUGAUGAUUUUGACUGGACACUUUCAACAGGCUCUGAAAUACCAAGAGGGUCUGGACCAAACUUUGAUCACACCACUUCGAGCAAAGUUGGGCAUUUCAUGUACCUAGAAACCAAGGAGCCAGAACGCAUAAACAGCAAGGCUUGGCUACUGAGCCAUUACAUCAAAGCUGGACCAGAGUGUACUUUGACAUUUUAUUCUCAUAUGUACAAAAAGAAGGAUGCUGCCUUGGCUAUUUAUUAUAAAGUUGAUGACAAAGUCACAUUAGUUUCUGAGACAGUAGAGUCCAUGGGUAAUUUCUGGCUCAAAACAAUGAUAAAUGCAGACAGACUACCUCUCCAUACACCUUUGCAGUUCAUUAUUGAAGGAAGAAUUAAAGAACAAGAACCCGGUGAUGUUGCAAUUGAUGAUUUCGUCUUUUCACCUGACUGCAAACCUACAGCUAAACCUGGUGAUAACUGUACGGAUACCGAGUUCAUGUGCCCUGAUGGAACUUGCUUGUACUUGGAUCAAAAAUGUAAUUUCAUUCCUGAAUGUCCGGAUGGAAGCAUGGCCGAUGAAGCAGGUUGCCCAACAUCUGAAUGCACCUUUGAAGGAUCAGGUCUUUGUAACUGGGAAAUUAAUUCAAAUGAGCAGCUUGCGAAUCCCUCUUCAAAAUUCACGUGGAAAGUGAUGCGCCCCAAGGACCCUCUGAACAAUACCCUACAGAAAGAUUACAUGCCACGAUUUGAUCAUACUCUUCUGGAUGAAACUGGCCAUUUGCUCUUCACUGUUUCUGAUGAAGGAGAGUUUGAGGCAGCAACCAGCUUCUUGACUUCCUUGUUUAUAGGUGAAGCUGGCAUCACUUGUCGUCUAAGGAUGUGGUACUAUAUGGAUGGUCCAGAACCUGGGUCACUUCAUUUGCUACUGAUUUCUUUGACUGGUGAAAUAACUGAGCAGUUUGAAAUAGAGGGGAACCAAGAUAGAGGAUGGCAUGUGGUGGAAAUGCCAUUAGGUCAUCUUCAUAGUCAACAAGUGUCUCUAGAAGUUAGAAGAGGACUCACAUACAGAGGCGCCCUCUCAGUUGAUGACAUCCGCUUUAUGGACUGUGAGCCUCCCAUCCCACCACCUUAUGGUGAAACAUGCAGGGAUGAGGACCUAUUCCAGUGCAGCAGUGGAAAGUGUAUUCCUCAGCCAUUAGUCUGUGAUUAUGCUAAUAACUGCUUUGAUGGGUCUGAUGAAAGUGAUUAUGGGUGCAAAACAUUCGUGCAAAGGUGCAACUUUGAAAGUGCUUGUGAUGAAUGGAUCCAGGAAACAGAUGUGGAUUCUGGUGACUGGGUUCUAUCAAGGGCCUCAUCAGAUAUGACAGGAAUGAAGCCCUUAACGGAUCAUUCUCUUGGAACUAAAGAAGGUCAUUAUCUUUCUUUUGGUGGAGAUCUUGCGGGACAUCAGAUACGAACAGCUCAAUUACGAUCAAAGGUCUUCAGUGGAAAGCCCACCACUCACUGCUCUUUCAGAAUGUGGUACCAGUUACGUGGGAACAACCCCGGAGAUAUCAAUAUUUACAGACGAUUCUCCUAUUACGAUGAUGGCCUACAGCUGAUAGACACCAAUGAUCCAUUACUUGAGGAUAUAUGGCUCAGAAUUGAAUGCAAUGCUCAAAACAUGACAGUCAAUGAUGAUUAUGCGAUUGUUAUAGAGGGUCGGAUAAUGCAAGAGGAUGGUGGAUAUUUGGCUAUUGAUGACUUAUCCAUGACCCCUGGUUGUGAACUGUCUGAUAACCAACACCUUCCAGGUGAGGAUGUUAUUUCCACUCCAGUCCCCAUCUGCCCACCAGGUCAACUGGCUUGUAAUAAUGGAAAAUGUUACACCCCCACAGAAGCCUGCAACUUCCGUGAUGAUUGUGGCGAUGGCACAGAUGAAAUUGGUUGCACCAAGAGCUGCAACUUUGAAACAGAAGGUGAUUUAUGUGGCUGGUUUGAUGACUUGAGCAGUUCUGUUCACUGGCUUAGAAGUGGCUUCCCAGCAGAUCCACCAGGACCAGAUGCAGACCACAAUCAUAAGUCAACGACUCAUGACCUUGUUGCAGCAAAGGAGAAGAGUGAAGGAACAGAAGUUUCAAUACUGGAAAGCAAGACGUUCUCAUCUGUAGGUCAAAAUUGUCACAUCAACUUUUUCUAUUAUCUUGCCACAACAGGAAGUAAUCCUAUUACUCUGAAGCUUAAGAGGAAGGAUAAGUAUGGUCAGAUUGAGGACAUGUUUACUGAUCAUUCAACAAAUAAUCCGGAGUGGAAAACUGUCUUUGUCAAAGUCACUGGAAAACGAGAUUUCAAGUUAUUUUUCCAAGCAGAUUUUGGGGAAGAUGCUGUACAUGUUGCUCUAGAUGAUAUUACUUUCUAUUCAUGCGCACCAGAAACUGAUGAAUGUCAAGAUGAAAUAGAGUUUCAGUGUGACAAUGGUCCGUGCAUUCCCAGGGAAUAUGCCUGCGAUGCCAAGUAUGACUGCUCUGAUCACAGUGAUGAAUACAAGUGCCCUGCAGUAGUGGGCAACUGUAAUUUUGAUUCACCUUCUUGGUUGACCUCAUGUGCCUACUCCCAAGCAACAGAUGAUGAUCUAGAUUGGGGCCAGAGUUUGAGAUCUCCUGACAUUCACACAGGACCCCAACAAGACCACACUCCCGGAUCUGUUGGUCAGUAUGUAUAUGUAGCAAGCAGUGAGAAAGUUCCAGGAUUAAUUGGAGCUUUGGUUAUCAAGCAUGAAUACCCAGCAUCAAAGGGAGUAUGCUUUAUCAGACUUUGGUAUUACAUGCAUACAGAUGCUUUUACUGUGAACGGUGAACUCAACAUUGGCAUCCUCAGGGUAUAUUUGGAAUCAAUAACUGGAGAAAGACAGCUAGUGUUACUUCGAAGUGGUAAUGGACCAGCUUAUUGGCAAGAGGAGGUCAUUCAGGUGGACAUAAACAACAACUUUAAUAUUGUCUUUGAAGCUGAAACAGGGGAUUCUGACAAGACUUACAUAGCACUUGAUGAUGUUUCAUUAACACCGGAAUGUGAAACAGGCAUUGGCCCAUCACCAUCAAAUAGUACCUGUGAGGAAGAUGAAUUUAAAUGUUAUACUGAAGAAUGCAUACCACUUGAUUUUCAAUGUGAUUGUUUCUAUGACUGCAUGGAUGGAUCUGAUGAAAAGAAUUGUCCUGGCACUUGCUCAACUGUUCACACACGCCCAACAACCCCAGGAACCAGCACUACCACAACCAUUCCAGGAACUGGCAGCAGCGCCACAACCAGUCCAGGAACUGGCAGCACCACUACUGAAAAACCUUCAUGCUUGAAAACAGAGUUUGAUUGUAAAGGCGAUGGACUGACUUGCAUACCAGCUCUACUCCUCUGUGAUACUGUUCAAGAUUGUCCUAACAAUGCUGAUGAAAGCGAAUGUCCAGAACAUACUCCAUGUGACCCGGGAUAUUACUUCUGCAAUGAUACUAAACUGGAUCCUCCAUGCAUGGACAAGUCAGAGCUUUGCAAUGGUGCCCAAUUUUGCUUAGCGUAUGAUGCAGACGAAUCAGUGUGUGAUGGCAGUUGUCCCACAAACUACUGCCAAAAUGGUGGCACUUGUAGCUCUUCUGGGGCCAGUGGAAAUCGCCCCUCUUGCAUAUGUCCUUCAGACUAUGCAGGGAACAGAUGUGAAAUAUCUUUAGCACCUCCAUCUGGUGGUGGCUUGGGCGCUGGUGCCAUCACAGGCAUUGUUGUUGCAGUGCUCGCUGUCAUCAUCCUUAUUAUAUUAGGGGUUUCAUACUUUAGAAAAAAGAGACAAGCUGAACCACCAAGAGAUGAGAGCCACUGGGACAACCCAAUGCUUAGACCGUAUGCUGGCCCAGACUUACCAAAACCGGACUCAUAUCCUUUAGAAGACUUGGGGCCAACUGGAGUAGCAAAUCCUGCUUUUGAUGACAAGCCCAUUUCCAGUAUAUAACAAUGUGAAGGAAGUUGUUUAUGGUGUUCAAGGGCUUUGUGUACCCUUUGCAAUAAUUGAAGGAUAGUCAUAAGCAUCUCAUUUUUAACACUAUUUUUAUGUAAAUAUCUGUUCCGUAGAAACACACUCAUAUUUUGUUGUCAUUUGUAUUGAUUUUAGUCUUUUGUAUUGAUUGUAUUAUUGUCACUGCAGUAUAGCAUUUCAAAUGGUCUACAUUAGCACUACUAACAUUGCUCAAAGGAAUUGUGUCAUUUUGCAGACAAAUGUUAGAAAUAUUCAACUGGUUACUGAAUAUGUGUAGCCUAUAUGUAAAUAUCCUUUUAACUGUGUUUUUCAUUGACGCUUAAGUGUAUUAUAGGACUGUAUGGAACUAGUAGUUCUAACUUCGCAUUCAUUUAUGUUUUUAUGUAUGUACUUAGUUUACAGUUUAUAGUGUACAGUUAGUGCAUGUUUAAAUGUUCCAAAAUACAAUAACAUUUCAUGUAAAACCACAAUAAAGUUAUGUUACCAUA